GCCCCCUCCUCCCUAUAUAAGCGGCGGCGUGGCCACUGACGGCACUUCUGGACGCUCCGCACAGCACUCAGGACUCUCCGACAUGAUCAAGCUGGUGGUGCUGUCUGCCCUAGUGGCGCUCGCUUCCGCCAAGCCCGGCUUCCUGCACGGCGGCGUUGCCCCCGCGGCCAUCUCCUACGCCGCCCCCGCCGUAGCCGCCGCCCCCGCCAUCUCGUAUGCCGCCCCUGCCGUGGCCGCCGCCCCGGCCAUCGCCUACGCCGCGCCCGCUGCCAUCGCUGCCCCCAUCAGCGCCACCGUCGUCUCCAAGCAGGUCCACUAUGCCUCCACACCCGUGGUGACUGGCUACAGCGCUCAGGUUCUGAAACCCAAUCUGGGUGCUCUGGCCACACCUGCUGAGACCGUGUCCAAGGAGCAGGUGAUCGCCCCAGCCAGAUCUGUCGCCACCAUCACCCCUCAGAUCACGCAGGUGGAGCCCGAAGUCAGCGUGCAGAGCGUCCCAGUGGACGUCCCCGUGCCCAAGCCGGUGGUGAGUGAGGUGGAGGUCCGCACCCCCGCAGUCGCCGCCAUCGCCGCCCCCGUAGCCGCCGCCCCCGUGGCCGUGGCCACCCACGCCGCCCCCGCUAUCGCCGCGUACGCCGCCGCCCCCGCCGUCGUCGCUGGGCAUGCCGUCACCGCCUACGGCAUCGGCGGCGUCCACUACAAGACACUGGCCGCCCCCAUCGUCAAGAUCCAUUAGAAGACCUGAUGCUGCAUUCACUGCCGACGAACCACUUUUUCAUUACGCAUAAUGCUGUGAAGGAAGAAGUUGUUCGUAUCCUCGACUGAUCGAUAGCUGUGAAUAAAUAGUCUAUUUCCAACAAUAAAUCAUACAUUCUUUAAUCA